CUACGUCACAGUGACGUCACUAAUCAGGCUAAGAAAGCCACAGUUGCGUGAAACCGGCGUCUUCCAACUUUUACUUUUUUUUGUUCGUCUCUCCUCCGGCGCCCCGGUUCGCGCUCCGUCCUCUGUGGGUGACUUCGCACAUUCGAAGAGUUCAGUCCCGGUUCGGGCCACGGCACCGCCGCCUCGAGUCACCGUAGAGCCGCCCGAAGCAGUUUGGAGCAUCUGCCAACAGCCAGUUAGCUUAGCUUAGCAUAGUUAGCUUAGCAUAGUUAGCUUAGCAUAGUUAGCUUAGUUUAGACAGCUUAGCAUAGUUAGCUUAGCCUAGUUAGCUCGGCUGCCGUCAGUCCGGCGGGGAUGAGAAGAGGAAUAUCCGGCUUCUGUGAACGUUGUCCGCCGGUGUUAAUCAUUGACGGAGCUGGCGGUUGCGCAGUAAACUGAAGCGAGCAGCGGCAGAUAAAAGUAGUUAACGUGGAGGCUGACGGGGGCUAGCGAACUAUCUCAUGUCCGCCCAGAAGCGAGAGAUGGCCAGUGACACCGAGAACGGCUUCACCUGCCGGACCAACGGAGACGGCGCGCCGGGCCCGCAGUCCCGCGGCUCCGGCGACACGACUCGCCGCCGCCGGUGCCAGUCCGAGACCGGAGCCGACGACGGCGGCGCCCCCACCAUGAAGAGCCUGGCGCGGCUCUGCAGCAGGGACGAGGAGGAGAGGGCAGCGGCUCUGGAGGAGCUGAGCCGCGGGGUCCUGGUGUGUCUGGGUCUGGACCGGCCCGGCUCCACUCGCCUGGGCAAGGACACGCUGCUGCAUCUGCUGCGGCUCUCGUCCUCCUGUCCGUUAGCGGAGGUGCGCGCCAGAGCCACGGAGCUGCUGCGAGCCGCUCAGGAGCAAGGAGUUGACGUGCCCCGCGCCCUGGCCCCCGGUCCCAGUGCCUUCAUCCCUGCCAAACAGAUAUCGAAAGAAAGGCCCGACCAGGACAUCCUAAUCGAAUCCUUCCUCUCCCUGGGCCGCGUGGACCACGUCACCAUGGUGAUGGCGCUGCACCCCGCCUACCUCAGCUGUUUCCUGAGGACCCAGCAUGACCUGCUGGUGCUGGACGGCCCCUUGCCUCGCCACUGGAGGCAUUACAUCGCCAUCAUGGCGGCGGCCCGGCACCACUGCUCCUACCUGGUGCAGCAGCACAGCGCCGGCUUCCUGGAGGCCGGCGGAGACGAGAGCUGGCUGAGCGGCCUGCAGCACGCCCCCGCCAAGCUGCGCAGUUUGCACCCCCUCAACAAGCUGCUGGCGCACAGACCCUGGCUGGUCACCCAGCUGCACAUCCAGGAUCUGGUGUACCCGGGCGCCGAGCUCCGCUGGUCACUAGCCGAGCUCAUACAGGCCGUCAUCCUCAUGGCGCACGCCCACUCGCUCUGCUCCUUUGUGUGGGGCUGCGGACUCAACCCGGAGCCGGACCACGUCGGAGGCCACACCUUCCUGCCGCCCUCGCCCGGACACCCAACCCGCAGUCCCAACAGCCCCGCCCACGAGGACGGCCGUCAAGAGCUGGUGGACGGAGCAAUGGAGGUGGAGGUGCUGAUGAAGAGGAUGGUGGAGCUCCAGCAGCAGGACGAGGAGUGCACACAGGAGGAGAUGGUGACGCGCUUUGAGCGGGAACGAAGCGAGAGCAUCCCGACGGCGGUGGUGCGAGGAGCGCCACCCGAGCGACUGCUGCAUCUGGUGGAGGACCCGGAGUUCAGAUACGAGGACUUUGCCCCCAGAGGAGAGCAAGCCCCGCCCACCAUGAGAGCUCAGGACUACUCCUGGGAGGACCACGGCUACUCGCUGGUCAACAGACUGCUGCCGGACAUGGGACAGCUCCUGGACGAGAAAUUCCAGGUGGUGAGCAACCUGACCUACCACAGGAUGGCCAUGCACGAGGGCGUGGACACGCACACUCUGAGAAAAGCCCUGUGGAACUACAUCCACUGCCUCUACGGCAUACGGUACGACGACUACGACUAUGGCAGCGUCAACGUGUUGCUGGAGCGCUCCUUGAAGGUGUUCGUCAAGACCAUGGCCUGUCACCCCGAGCAAACCACCGCACGCAUCUACCACGCCUUCUGGAGGCACUUCAGACACUCUGAGAAGGUCCACGCCAACCUCAUCGUGAUGGAGGCUCGCCUGCAGGCGGCGCUGUUGUACACCCUGCGAGCCAUCACUCACUACAUGAGAUGACGCCCGGGACCAGCACGUUGCCCACGCUGAGCCAGCUGUGUUGCUGUACCACAGCCCCCAAAACAAUAACUUCUCCACGUUAGUAUUUACAUAUCCGUUGUGUCGCAGUGUUCAAAAGAUGUUUGCCAAUAUUUAAAAAGUGUUUCUUGUUUUGCACUGAGAGUCCACUGUUUGCUUAUCAAUCCGAGAGCGUCUCCUCCUCCUCCGCCGAAUGUUCCUAUCGACGUGCUCGUUUAGUCCGACGACACUCGGAGCCGUCCGUGUCCUACACGUCGAGGACGAAGAGUGAAAGAAAUUGAAAAGCCUGUAUUUUUCUAAACAAUAAAAAAGUGACUUGAGAAA